AUGUCGUGUUCGUCUUCAUCGGGAUCGGAAGAUGAUAAUGAAGGGGUUGAGUCUUAUCGGAAAGGUGGGUACCAUGCCGUUAGAAUCGCCGAUCAGUUCGCGGCUGGGAGAUAUAUAGCUCAGAGGAAGCUUGGUUGGGGUCAAUUCUCCACCGUCUGGCUUGCUUAUGAUACUAUCACCUCUUCAUACGUUGCUCUCAAAAUCCAGAAAAGUGCGGCCGAUUUUGUUCAGGCUGCCCUCCACGAGAUCGAUGUUCUUUCAUCCAUUGCUGACGGUGACCCAUCAAAUUCAAAGUUUGUUAUUCAAUUGAUUGAUCACUUUAAGCACACAGGUCCCAAUGGGCAGCACCAUUGCAUGGUCCUUGAAUUUCUCGGCGAUAGCUUGCUUCGUUUGAUCAGAUAUACCCGUUACAAAGGUCUUCCACUGAAUAAAGUUAGAGAGAUAUGUAAAUGCGUUUUGAUUGGUUUGGAUUACUUGCAUAGUGAGCUCGGUAUAAUCCACACUGACUUAAAACCUGAAAACAUUCUUCUAUUUUCAACUAUUGACCCUGCCAAAGAUCCUUUUAGUUCUGGUUGCUCCCCAAUUUUAGAACGGCCCGUGGGAAACACAAACGGUGGACUUACAAGUCUUAUUGAGAAAAGGUUGAAGAGGAGAGCAAGGAGUGCAGUUGCUAAAAUAUCAGGAAGAACAGCUUCAAUUGAAGGUAGAGGAGAAGCUGCAAAAUCUCGUAGAAAUAUUGAUAAGAUUGACAUGAGAUGCAAGAUUGUCGAUUUUGGAAAUGCGUGUUGGGAUGAUAAGAAGUUUGCGGAAGAAAUACAAACAAGGCAGUAUAGAGCCCCUGAAGUUAUACUGAAGUCCGGAUAUUCCUUCUCUGUUGACAUGUGGUCUUUUGCUUGCAUUGCUUUUGAGCUUGCCACCGGAGAUAUGUUAUUUGCGCCCAAAGGUGGACGAGAUUAUAGCGAGGAUGAGGAUCAUCUUGCCCUGAUGAUGGAACUCCUAGGAAAGAUGCCGCGGAAGAUUGCUAUCGCUGGAGCUCAAUCCAAGGAUUACUUUGACAGACACGGUGAUCUAAAAAGGAUUCGAAGGCUAAAAUAUUGGCCACUUGACAAACUACUAAUUGAUAGAUACAAAUUUUCAGCGAACGAUGCUCGGGAGUUUUCAGAAUUUCUUUUGCCACUUUUUGAUUUUGCGCCAGAAAAACGACCAACUGCACGACAAUGCCUGCAACACCCCUGGCUGAACUGCAAGGAGUCAUCACCAAAUGAAACAAGAAACGAAUCUACCGUCGAAAAAGUUAAUGUUGGUAUGAGCAACCUUCAAAUCAAGGUAGGAAAGUGA